GAAGAGGGGUUUUCAGUGGUGUGUGGCACAAAACUUGAGAACUGCAUAAAUUAGCUGUUGGCUAACACUUCCUCGUCGCAAAGAUGACUAUUAAACAUUAUAAAGAAGACAAACUUCGCUUAAAGGACUAUAAAACUGGACGGAUUGUGGUAACAUGGAACAGAUUUGCUAGAUCAUUGAAGGAAGCAUUUGAGUUCUACACUGAAGCUAAGCAGGCUGAAUUUUACUCCUGGCUGGAGACCCUUCCUAGCAAAUUACGGAAAGUGCCUUUCAAGCAGAUGAUAAUUGCGUUUCUUCCUUUCAUCUCAUUUCUCCUCAUCUACUCAAAUUACCGCAUCAUUCGUGAAUCCACAGGACUGAGUAAAAUCAUCAAGCCCAACUCUAGCUUCUUGCCAUGGUUAGAACUAUUGGUGUUUCACUGCUAUCCCCAUCAAAUACUAAAGACAUUCUCCAAUCCUGUAUUUGACUUUGUAGCAGCAGUCCCAUACCUCAUUCACUUCCCAUUGCCAUUCUUUUUCGCCGUCUACAAGUUGUUCUGCACAAGGACAAUUCAGGGCACGUUUCCCUUUAUGUGGUGUGCAGGAUGGGUGAAUCUAGUAGCAGUGAUAAUUCAGUUGUUGUUCCCAACAACGCCGCCAUGGUUUGUUGACUCUGCAGUCUGGGAUACAAAUGGAGAGCUUAUGAAAGCUGGAGCUAAUGAGGCUGGGUUUCAUCGAAUUGAUGGAAUCCUUGGAAUGCCAUUCUUCCAUAGCAUAUACUCCGCUUCUCCAGUCAAGUUUGGUGCAUUCCCAUCCCUGCAUGUGGCAUGGCCUGCAAUUAUCUUAGUCUGUGGUCCAUGGAUCAACGAGAAGUUUGCCAUGCUUCAUGUCGCCUGGAUAACAUGGGCAGCUCUCUAUUCAAAUCAUCACUAUGGUGUGGAUGCCCUAGCAGGACUUAUGCUCGUGUUCCUUGUGAACUUCAUGAUGCGAAAAGUUUGGAGUCCAUUCAAGACCAUAGAAAAAAGCACAAGAGUGUCACUUAGCCGAUCCAGGUCAGAACCUUCUUUCCAUGUAUGAUAAAUCAAGUCAUUCUAGGGAGCUAUUUAGUGUAGUUAGCAUACACCCCUACAAUUGAAUAAUACAGUAGUUUAUGGCCUCAACUUAUUUGACAAACUUUUAAGUUGGAGAGAAAUUUGAUAAAGUUAAAUUAUUGAAAACUAAGGCAUUGGUUUUGCAAAUGUUGCCAAUGUCUUUUGGUAAAUUAUUAGAAAAUAUGCUUUGUUGAUGCUUGUAGGGUUUUCAUUUUUUUUGUUUUUGUUUUUUUGGUGUAUGUCCAUACUUGCAUUCACUUUGAUAGCAUGUUUUCCUAUUUUUCCUACAAGCAAUGAGCAAAGUCUUCAAAUAUCUUUCUCAGUGCUUUAGGGCUCUCAAGUGCAGGCCUUUGAUGUUUUUUUUUAGCUUCUGGCAGUAUGCCAAUUUGUUGCGUUUCUAUCAGAUAUUUGGUAGGGCAACUUGUUUAGGUAAAAUAUGUGACACAUAAUUUUGUAUUUACUGAGAAAAAAAGCCCUUUUGUAGCUUAAAGAUGUCUAUGAUUUUCUAAUAAACCAGGCCAAGUCUAA